CGCUCGAGUCGUGCACCACGGAACACGCGAUAGUCAGCCGCGCCGGCUGCCGCGACCGAGUUGGACACACGCGCCCGACCAACGCCGAUAUCUCGUGAAUCAGCGCCCUGUUCACUUCGUCCUUCUCGUAUUGCUACGUUUUUAAGACAUCCAGCGCAGAAAUACGCCAAGAGAUACUCUCCGAAACCGAAGACAGUUUGUUGACAGUGGAGAAGGAUCGGAGUCAGCGGUCGAGGCACAUUCGUGAGAAUCGAACGAUACGCUCGAAUUCCGUGACAACCGGCUAGAUCGACGCUCUAAAUCCCAGAUUGCUGUUGUAUUAUGUCACACCCCCACGCGGGCGACGGCCGCCGGCGCGACGGUGAACCGAGCCAACGUCGUCGUUUGACAUUUCCACGAGCGCGAAGCGGUUGACGCGGACCUGUUGGCGGUCGUGCGCGUGGAUCCUCAGUGUUUACGUGCCAGUGACUUUACAACGACCGAAUAUCGUUGGGUCGUAUCGACCACCGCCCACGAGUUCCCGUCCAGGGCCGAGAAACAGUGGAGUGCCGAUCUGACAAUUUUAUCGCGACCGACACCGAUACGAUACAUAGGGCCCUAGUGCUUUUUAUCGCGGGGAUCGAACCGUAGAGCGAUCGAGAAAUCGUUGGUAUGACCGAGCCCUUGCGUUGCGAUCGUCGCCGGUGACGAACGCGCCCGAGGACCGCGGGGGCUGCGUCGCGCGCCCACGGGACCACCUCUAAGGUACGGUGACUUAUCUUGGUGACGUUCUGGGAAGAUUGUCCUCUGGUGUACGCGCCGGCUGUCUUAUUACCAGAUCGAUUCGCGGAACCGUGCUGGAUCGCUGAUGUUCGAUAGUUGGCGGUUGAUGUUGGUCGGUGUUUGUUUGGAGCGAGGAAGGUGUUCGAGAGAUCUGUGAAGCAUCGUGGGGAUCGACGAGGAUCUAGACAGCUUUGGAUCGCUGUAGGAGGUCAGAGAUUGAGCAAGGAGCACGUUUGGCGCGCAUUCGUUGCGGCUUGAAGAGUGGAUCCAUCGUGGAGGAAUCGCGAGGUCUGCGAGCGCGAUGUUUCGAGUACCGUGGCAGCUUAUGGACGAUAAUUGCGCGAGUGUCUUUCGUCGCGGUUUGCGUUGCGCCUACUCGCCUGUGAUCGACGACAAGUGAAUAAUAAAAGUAAGAACGGGGAGGACCAAGAACAGGGAGUGUCACAACGCGUGUGAAAUGGAUGGUACGCCAAAGAAUAGAGAAGCAGUGUUAAUAUAUGGAUGCCCAUGGGUGGAAUUUGGCCGAAAUGUGCCAGCGCUACCACCACGGUGUACCGGGGGCUCAAAGUUCCUCGCCAGCUAGGGAUCCUUCGGCUGCCAUCGUGCAAGGCCUCUCGACGGCUGCGCACAUCGACCAGGCCAGCCCUUCUUACUCCCACUACACGAUGCUGGAUAAUUAUGACAGGGGUGAGGUGACACCACCACCAGUGAGCAGUUAUGGCGGUUCCCCUGGACUCUUGGCACUUCAUUCCUCGCUUUAUGCGACACCCACGUCGAGGACCUACGACAUCGAGUCGAAUAUCGACGGAAAUGACAGUUCCAUGCCCAUCGAUACCCAAAUCAUUUCGAUCCCAGGGAUGCUGAGCGGUCCAGCACAGCAACGGCUGGAGGACAUGUCUUCCUGGCUGGGUUCCGGGCCAUCCCUAGAUUAUCAACAAGGUAUUUCACCGAUUCCCGCGGGUGUGAAGAUGUGCCAUCCAGGCAGCACGGCCCAGAGGAGCCUAAAGGAGCAACGGAUACGUCGUCCCAUGAACGCGUUCAUGGUCUGGGCAAAGGUCGAGCGCAAGAAAUUGGCCGACGAGAAUCCCGAUCUCCACAAUGCCGAUCUCAGCAAGAUGCUAGGAAAGAAAUGGCGAGGGUUGACCCCGCAGGACAGAAGGCCGUACGUCGAGGAAGCCGAGAGGCUGAGGGUCAUACACAUGCAGGAACAUCCGAACUACAAGUACAGGCCACGGCGCAGGAAACACGCGAAACGGGCCCCAGGGGCACCGUCCUCACCUCCGUCCGCGACCAACACCGUUGGCAAUAGGUCCAACCCCGCCGGUGCCACGAUACAUCAUUCCAUGUCCAAGAUGGACAAUUACCAAGGCAUUCCUCAGAUCCCGUGGGGCGGCCAUUCCCCGAUCUCGUCCCUGUAUCACCAGCAGCAGCAGCAGAGUAUCCAGGAGUACAAAUCGGAGAACAAUUCCUUGUACGGUAGCCCUUAUACGCCUAUCAUUCACACACCGGACAUAUCUCCAGUUGCCAGUCCCGAGCCAGAUGGUGACGGAACGCAUUUGCCAUCCAGCCAGAACCAAGAUCCCGAACGAGAUCUGAUGGAGGGUACGUCGAAGCAGCACGGCGAAAUGAACGAGCAAACGAAACGGUACACCUUUAUGAGCGCCGAUAAUCAGCUGCACACGGGUCAUGCUGGUGGCACUAGCAUAUCAUCGUGUCAGAAUUCUGGCGGCUACACGGACACGUUAACUUACAAGAAAUCGGUGAGCUACUUGAAUUUCGAAAGGCAGCCGUCGAGCAUAGCCGCGGUGGGCAUAGCGAACGGGAUGAUGGUGUCGUGUAACAAGCUGCGCUCCGGGUUCGAAAACGUUGGCUCCGUCACGGGGACUUUUUAUCCGCCAGUCGCAUCCCCGCACGAUCAAUCGUUGCAGCACUACACGAGCACUCAGUCCUCGAAGAAUGCCAGCUAUUCGAUGCAGUCCACCGUCGAGGGUAACUAUAAUCCUGUCCAGUGUGCCAAUCGACAGCAGUCCAUGGGGAUUCGCGGAGCCGCCGAAGGUUGUUCCGGCGUGUCCCACCGGUACCAAAUGACUCAUCAUCAGGAGUACCAACAGGAAACUGGCGGUACGGGGCAGCAGCACUCUAUAUUGGGGCACAUGGACCCUGGGAUGACCGCGGAUGAGGAGCAGCAACAGUCGUUGCAGCUGGAGAAGUACUUCAAGUACGCUCACCCGACGAGCGUGGCUCACAGCAGCCUGUCAUCGCAGAAUAUGCUCGACAGUAAUCACAAUUACGCCAGUGAUCUACGUUAUUACGCCCCGCAGCAGUCCCAGAUGGACAUGUCGAACUCUCAGUGCAUCGUGGACGAUCAGAAUAAAGACGGUCGUUGCUCCAACGUUGGCAUCGGCCACGCGAUGGACCAGUAUCAUCAGGGUAUGGACGUGGGGAAGUAUUCCGACCAUCAGUCGCAACAGCAGCAGCAGCAGCAACAACAGCAACAACAACAGCAGCAACAGCAGCAGCAACAGUCCCAGCAGCAAUCUCAGAACAUGGAGCACGUGUCGAAGGCGGACGACGAUUUCAGUGUAAUACUUGCUGACGUGCGCAAGACAUGUUACAGUAGCUAGUGUCCCCCUCCCCCACUCUAGACAUUUUUUUGAUACGGGCGACUUAUCUUAUGGCUGUAGUACCAAGAAUCCGUAGGUAUAUAGCGUUUACAAAGAAUCCGGUGCUUAUACACAUUUUAUACUCCGUACACACACACUCAAACACUUCCGGUGCUGAUCGUUCUUAAUUGCAGAGUGGAUCAUCUGAUCACUGUUUCUUGACGAAAAAAAGACAGAUUCUCUUCGAAGACCUUCAUGCGCAAUCUUCUCACGGCUGGUAUGAAAGAUGAUAAAUGGUAGCGAUGUGCCGAUACCCGAAAUCUUUAGGUGUGCUUGCUCAAGGAAAGUUGGCGAGGCUGUGCAAUGUGUAGAAGCGGAAGAAGGUACAAGAAAGUAAAUAAGGACGCGCUAGGAACGAUCCUAGGAUUCCUUUGUGGUAAGCGUUGCGGUGCAGUCGUAUUUAAUAUUUAUUAUGUAUAAUAUUUAUUGUGCAACCUUCGUUGCUGAGCUAUUCAACCAAGAUCUCACGAACCCUUUUAAAAAAACACUUAAUCUUGUUUAUGUAGUUAAAAAGAAAAAAGAAAUAGUAACUUCUAGAAGUUCAUCGCGAUCUCCAUAAAACAACCUACAUUUUCGGGUACUCGCACAAUGCUAAACAUUAUCGAUUUUCUAACGUUCCGUUCGGAAAUUGUUCACGUAGAAUGCGACGCAAUUUAUCUCGUAGUUAUCAUUAUCUUCAGCAACGGAAUCGGUGAAACCCGCGACGUUAUUGUUGAGCUAUUUUUAUCCACCUAUGCACUCAUGGUACCGCAUAGCACUGUAUAUUUAGAACAUACCAGUAUAUUUCACUGCGAAAAUAGAUCGUUCGAACGAUUUCCAUAGCAAAUUAAACGUAUCGAUUCUCUUUAGCAAUGGAUCCUUCGGCAGGCUACUUAAAAGAUGCUGUUCCGUUCUGAUAUUCAUCGAGAGUGAAUGGGAAAAUCUGUUCUUUAGCGCUGACACUGUGACAUUUAGUCAUAUUAUUUAUAACAUUAAUGGAAAAUGUAUGUGUAUAGAAUGGAGACACAGUUCUGCGAUAUUUUGACAAUUAGCCGACGAGUGGGACAGACUCCUUUGGCGGUCCUACGUCGAAUGGUUACUACAGUUUCUUCCAAUCACAAUUCACCGCGUCGGCUAAAUGUUGAAAAUAGUUCACGUGAGAAGUACUUAGCGAAAAAAUCGAUACGAAGGCAUCGCCGACGAACCUUGUUUCCAAUAAUCGUACAUUUAAGAUUCUCCUACCAUCGCAUGUGUAUAAGCACGAUCUCUUAAACUUUCCUCUGUUCAGCCGACUGAAUUGAAAUUCGCUGUAAAUGUAGCGUGAAUAGCAAGAAACGAAUUUUUUUACUCGCGUAGGCUUCUCACUUUCGUUGUUCUACCCUAUGUCUAUGUAGCAUAUGAUUAUACGUAGCGUGGCAAUAAAACGUGGAUAUUUUAUCUGUUCGAUGUUGAAUUUGAAAUAAUUUCUAAGCGAUGGAAUUUAGGUAAGUGUAAAGAAACGCUGGGAAGUGCUAAAUUAUUUUAUGAUUAUUGUAUCGUACUUAAUAGAAACAAUUAUCAACAUUCAUUAUGUA